AAGCCCCCUCCCGGUAUCUUGUUCCCACUUGUUGUUUCUUUUAUUUUUUAUUUUUAUUUUUUUUGCGCGUUUAAAUUUUCUUCACUUGGAAGAGAGAAGAGAUGAGGAUGGAGGGGAGGAAGAUGGUGGCAGCAGGGGAGGAACUGGAGAAGGCCCAGAAGGUGGACCUCAGUGGAUUGUCCUUGGACGCCCUCCCCAACCUCUCUGUCAACCUGACUUCUAUCACCAAGCUUGACCUCUCCAACAACAAUCUCGGGAGUAUCCCCGAGUCGCUGACGGCGAGGCUACUGAACCUGGUGGUGUUUGAUGUGCACUCUAACCAGCUGAAGGUGCUACCUAACUCCCUCGGGUGUCUCUCCAAGCUCAAGGUCCUCAAUGUCUCUGGCAACCUUAUCGAGUCCCUUCCCAAGACCAUCGAGGACUGCCGGGCCUUGGAGGAGCUGAUAGCCAACUUCAACAAGCUAUCCAAGCUUCCGGAUACCAUCGGCUUCGAGCUGACCAACCUCAGGAAGCUCGCCGUAAACUCCAACAAGCUGGCGUUCCUUCCCAACUCGACCUCCCACCUGACCUCCCUCCGAGUCCUCGAUGCCCGCCUUAACUGCCUUCGCUCCCUGCCUGAUGACCUCGAGAACCUCACCCGCCUCGAGGUCCUAAACGUGAGUCAGAACUUCCAGUACCUCCAGUCCCUACCUUUCUCCAUUGGCCUCCUCGUCUCCCUGGUCGAGCUCGACAUCAGCUACAACAAGAUCACCAUCCUGCCCCACUCCAUGGGAUGCCUCACCAAGCUUCGUAAAUUCCAUGCGGAGGGCAACCCGCUCGUGUGUCCCCCCAUGGAGGUCGUGGAGCAGAGCGUGGAGGCCGUUCGAGAAUACCUCGGUGCAAUGAUGAUGAAGGGGAGUGCAGUCGGCUCCAAUUCGAUGAGGAGGACGAAGUGGAUCGGAAAGCUGGUGAGAUGUGGGACAUUCAGUGGUGGGAUGAUACGGAGCAAUGUGGGGAUCGGAGAUGAGAAAGAUGGGUUCUUGCUGUCGGAUUACCGUUCGAUUGAUGGCAUCUCAUCCCCGAGGUACGUGGGAAUGUUCUCGCCUCGUCGACUCUUCUCCCCAUUCAGAGCUUCGCCACGAAGGUAAAAGCACUUCGCAUAGAGCCUGCAGCCUGUUUCUGGUUAUGAGACAUGAAACAUGAAAUCAGAGUUCUAUGGUGAAAUAACGGGAUUGAGGAAUAGUCAUGAAUUAGGCUGCCCACAGGACUGCUCUGGAGUAAGAAUGUGAAGAGUUUCUUCGGUGCAGGCAACUUCUUAUAUAUACUAGGAUUGUAAGAUACCUGUGACGUGAAGGUGCUGCCCCUUGUCGUUGGACAAUUUUUUUUGAAAUAGAACUGGAAUGCUAGGCCAUCAUUCUGUAAACACAAGCGGGAACAUCAGUGAAGUGUGUAAAUUUGUGAAGAUCUAUAUAUGUUUUUGUCCUCA